GAGAUGACAAUGGACAGCAUCCUUAGCGCUGACGACAUCAAGAAGGCCCUUGAUAGUUUCAAAGCUGCAGAGAGCUUUGACCAUAACAAGUUCUUUGAGAUGGUGGGCCUGAAGGCCAAGUCUGAUGAGGAGAUCAAGAAGGCCUUCUUAGUGCUGGACGCCGACAACAGCGGCUUCAUUGAGGAGGAAGAGCUCAAGUUUGUCCUUAAGUGCUUCGCUCCUGAUGGAAGAGACCUCACCGAUAAGGAAACUAAAGCCUUCCUAAAUGCAGCUGACAAGGAUGGAGACGGCAAGAUCGGCGUGGACGAGUUCACUGCCCUGGUCCAUGAGUAAAUGAUGUCUCCUGUGACCCCUCCUCCUCGCUCUGCUGGCUCCUCCUACAGGCUUCGCUGCC